CUCAGCCGGUCCGUUCGUCUCGCUUCAUCGCACUGCACUUCCGGAGAGACAAGAUGGCUGAUGUUCAGGAAGGCCAGCAGCGCCCGGAGCCAGUGGAGACAAUCGAGCCCCAGGAUGCCGAGGACGACACUGACGCGUCUUCGUUGGACGGCGCGUCUGUACAGUCGGACACGGACUCUUUGAAGUCCAGCAUCCGUGACUACCGGAGAGAAAACGGACGCACGUAUCACAGCGUCAGCGAUGGAACAUAUAUCCUACCCAACGACGCAAGAGAACAAGAACGCUUGGACAUGCAACAUCACUGCUGGCAGCUGACCUGGGACGACAAGCUCUGCAUGAGCCCGAAGAAGGACGGCGCCAACCGCGUCCUGGACGUCGGGACGGGAACAGGCAUCUGGGCCAUGGACUACGCGGACGACCACCCCGAAGCACUGGUCAUCGGUGUCGACCUGAGCCCCAUCCAGCCAGAGUUCGUGCCGCCGAACUGCCGGUUCGAGAUCGACGACGUUGAGAAGGAGUGGACGUGGCAGGAGCCCUUUGACUUUAUCUUUGCGAGACACAUGAAUGCGUGUUUCGCCAGCUGGGAGAAGUUCCUCAAACAGGCCUACGACAACCUCGAGCCCGGCGGCUACAUCGAACUCCAGGACAACGCGUUCCCCAUACUCUGCGGCGACGGCACCCUCAAGCCGGACGACGCCAUGGCGCGCUGGUCGACGUUGAUGAUGGAGGGGACGGAGCUCAUCGGGCGUCCCAUCACCGUGCCGGCCGAUUUCCGCCGACUCCUCGGCGAGGCCGGGUUCGAGGACGUCGUCGAGCACAAGCGCGUGUGGCCGACGAGCCCGUGGCCCAAGGACGAGACCCUCCGACGGCUCGGCUUCUGGACGCAGGCCUGCAGCCUCGACGGCGUCGAGCCGGGCGCGCUCGCGCUCUUCACGCGCGUCCUGGGGUGGACGCGGGAGGAGGUGCUCGUCUUCAUCGCCGGCGUGCGCAAGGACUUCCGUAACAAGGACAUCCACGCCUACUGGAACGUAUACUCCGUCCACGGACGAAAGCCGCUGAAGAAGAAGGCUACGCCUACUCCUCCACCUUCCGCCCCUUUGGAGUGAAGUAUUCUGGACGGAUUGGGCGGGGUUUGUCUCUGUUUGACAUCAGAGAGGGAAAGCCAGAGGUUUAUGUCAAUGAUUCACAAUUCGCGAUAACGUCUUCCAUCCUUGAUACAUCU